AAACAUACAAAUUCCGCGCAGUUCGUCAGCUGCCUGCGCCGUUACGAGCAUUAACUACCCAUGACGAGACAUAUGUAUCAGUCCUGACGAACUCUUCUAAUCUUCCCUAACAAACAGAACAUGGGACUUCCAAUGGAUCCUAACCUCUCAGAAAUCCAUGUUCCCAGUGGACCGACAUCAAUACAGCCGGGACAGUCCUUCGAAGGUCUAACCUUGCACCAACUUAUCAAUCGGAAGGACGACCUUGAAGAGGAGCUGAAAGCUUUGGGUUCGGUUCUCGACAGCCAUGGGGUCAACAUGCAGACAGGUCUUACUACAUUCGAUGGCUUCCCACGAUCAGACAUCGAUGUGGCACAAGUCCGUGUGACGCGAGCACGUAUCAUCACGCUUCGCAACGACUGGAAAACCCUCAUGGAUAGGAUCGAGAAGGGUCUCCAUGAACAUCACGCCAAAAAUCAGGCCUCCGAGGCGUUGAAAGCCUCUACGUCACAAUCUCAGUCUGUAUCGAUGCCUGCAACUGUCCGAACCGCCCCAUCAGUGCCUGAAACACCCUUCGCGAAAGUCAACAGUGUCGAGCCUGGCAGCCCUGCGAAUGAGGCCGGUUUAAAAGCUGGUGAUCUGAUCAAGAGAUUUGGCGAUGCGAUCUGGUCAAACCAUGAAAGACUGCGGAAGGUUGGCGAAGUGGUGGGUCAGAAUCUCGGUCGACCUAUACCGGUCAAGAUCUCCAGAGGGAUUGGGUCUGAUGCACAAGAGCUGGAUCUGAGGUUAACUCCAAGGCAAGGCUGGGGCGGGCGAGGUACAUUAGGAUGUCAUAUUGUGCCUGUGUGAAACUCAGAAGAUCUUUAAGCGGAAGAUCCCUCACUUUUGGGAGACGAGAAUGUACAACAUUCUUAAGCUACAAGCGGAAAUGGGGCAGCUCCAUGGAGGAGUGACCCUAA